AGACGCGAAACAAAAUGUUCUACCACGUGGACUCGAAGCGUUUACUUAUCAUCGUGCUUACAAAACUACUCCUCAUCACAAACGAACACUUCAGCCACGCAGCUCUCACCGGGCAAUGCAACGAGUGUUUUGCGAGUGAGGCGGCUUGUCUGGACGAGCAGAACUUUGCUAUUUGUGUGGACGGCACGCCGAUUAAUGUGUCUACGCCCUGUCCUACAGGCAGGGUUUGCACAGCUAACACGGCUAUAUGUCAGGCCACCGCCCAGGGCGCUGUGCCCGUUUGCUAUGAGGAGCAGUGUGGAACAUGCGCAUCUGCACAAAAGAAUUUCGCCUGUCUCGACGAAGCCAUCUAUGCUAUUUGCUAUAAUGGCGAAACACCAGAUCAGAGUUCCAUUGAUUACUGUCCCUUGGGAUAUGUAUGUGAUUUGAAUAACCCACAAAUUUGUUCGUCUGCGCAAACUGUAAAUCCAUCGUGCCCAAUCGCCGAUACAACAACAACCGAUGCAACAGUAGAUACAACAACGGAUACUACAAGCGACUCAACAGCCGGUACAACAAUUGAUUCAACAACCGAUAUAACAACUGAAUCAACAACCGAUAUAACAACCGACUCAACCACCGAUUCAACUACAGAUGCAACCACAGAUAGUACAGCCGAUACAACAACUGAUUCAACAACCGAUACAACAACUGAUACGACAACCGACCUAACAACUGAUAAAACGACUGACUCAACAACCGAUAAAAUAACGGAAACAUCAACUGCUUCAACAAUGGAUACAACAACCGUUGCAACAACAGAUACUACAACCGAAUCAACAACCACUGCAACAUCAAUUUCAACUCAAGCCCCUGUAGAUGCCAACACAUUUUGUGCUGAAAUGGGUGAAACAGGAAAAUUUAGACAAAAGGGUGACACAACAUGUGCCAGAUAUAUUUACUGCUACCGGCUUUCUGGUCAAUACCUAGGCUAUCCGUACACUUGCCAAUACUAUUUUAAUGCUGCAACACAAGCAUGUCAAACGGUACGCCCGGAUGAUUGCUGA